CUUACGCUUUUGCGUAUUUGCUGCUCACGGCUCCUCUGGGGCGGUUCUAGACUCUUUUUGUCUUGCGUCCGUAGCGAAUCACAGCUCUUCGUCGCCUAAGACCAGCGAUUUGAUCCGUGCCACAGCCGUGCUCUCCCGGUGCAGUUUUGUGCUGUCGCGCUGCUGCCGCACGCCUCGUAUUUCAUCUCUCCCAGUGCAGUUUUUGCGCUCAUUUGUGGCGCGCUGCCCGCUCGUCGUAAUUCAUGGCUGAGCUCACCCAGCAAGACGACGCCGCCGCCGUGACUGCCUACCGCGACGCCGUCGCGGCGUGGGUGGACUCGUCGAGCGGCCGCGACCUCGACAAGAUGGCCAAGGGCCAGCUCCGCGACGUCGCCGCGAGACUUUCAUUCGCAACAAGUAAGGGCCGCGACGAGCUGCGGCUGCCGCGGCGGACGCGGGCCAAGGGCGACGUUUUGCUGGUAGCGACGCGUCCGACGCCGGACGCGUCUCUCCUCGAAAACGCGACGACGACGUCGUCGCUGCGCUUGUGCUGGGACGACAAGGAGCUCUUCUCGGUGCAGGCCCUGGCGACGGGCGCGGCUCCGGAAUUCGAGGAGCUGCAGGUGCGGACGGCCUGCGACGGCCGCGCGCUCAUCGAGCUGCGAUUGCAAGCAUUACCGCUGGUGGACGAGCCCGCGGAUGUGUUGAACCUGUUGCUGGCGCUGCCGUGGCUCCCGGAUAAUGACCUGGCGACGCACGUGCGGAACCGGCUCAUGGAGGACUUGUUGGUGGACUUGUGCGACAUCGAGGGCUCGGAGUCGGAGCACGACUGCGCCACCGAAAGGGAGGACAAGGGCGACGAGCGGCCGAUGGUGCGGCGGAAGACGUCGGAGUCCAUGCCGGUCGCGGGCCAGAAGCGUAAGAAAUGAGGUAGGA